AUGGUGCUGUGGAAGGAGGCAUUAUGGACUUUCCCAGGAAAUGGAGAGGCUUUGGAUCUAGGCCUUUUCUCCCAGAACACACCCGGUGUCUGCAGUGCCAUCGAUGAAUUCUACUCCUCAGAUGAGGAACCCUUGGAGGAAGGACAGACACCUUUUCAACUAUCUUGGUUAGCCCUGGCACCAGCCUACUCCCAGUUUCUGGGAAUAUGUUCACUACCAGGCUGCCGAUUCAAAAGUACUAGAAGAAGUCUUCAGAAAGAUAUAGACGAACUGAGGAACCAUGGCGUGCAAGACAUAUUUGUACUUUGUACCAGGGGUGAACUCUCCAAGUAUCGUGUGCCACACCUUCUGGAGGCGUAUCAGAGUCACAGGAUCACUGUGCACCAUCACCCUAUUCCUGACGGAGAGACUCCAGAUAUUACGAGAUGCUGCCUGAUCCUAAAUGAACUGAGGAGCUGCCUCAAAUAUAACCGGAAAACCUUAAUGCACUGUUAUGGAGGACUUGGCCGAUCCUGUCUCAUAGCAGCUUGCCUUCUCCUGCAGAUACCCGAUUCUGUGGCUCCACAGGAGGCAGACAGCCUGCGAGACUUUAGGGCUUCGGGCGCAAUGCAGACUGUAAAGCAGUACAACUACCUCCACGAUUUUAAAGAUGCCCUGGCUGCCCACCUGGCUACAGAAGGUACUCUAGCAAGGCCCAUUUCCCGGUAAAAAUGCAUGCAUUUGUGCCCCCUGAACCUCUCUCUACUUUUCACUGGAAUUCCUCGGUUACCCUAUCAUCAUAUUCUUGCUGCACUGCUCACUACAAAAAAAGCAACCUGUCAGGGGUGCAUGAUCAGAUUCAUUCAAAACGUUACAUGUGGAAGAGUUCAUAAUAAAUGACUCCAUUAAACCCUUCUUUUUAACUCCCUUUGUGUGUAUUUUUCUUCAUUGACGGGAAAUGCACUUGCUUUUAUACUUACCUCUUCAGUUUAUGUGAAGCCUUAUGGUAAACUUAUUAUAAGGCAGAAUAUAACUACUUCAGCUAUAGGAUGGGGUCUUGAUCAGCUUUGGCUGGAAG